AUGGAUUCUGAUUUGAAAGAUUUAGAUCUUUAUAGGAUACUUGGAAUCAAACGGUCGGCUACUAAAAAGGAGAUUAAAACGGCAUAUCGGAGGAAAGCUCUACAAUGCCAUCCAGAUAAAAAUCCUGAUAAUCAAAAUGCAGCUCAAGUAUUCUUGUGGUUAACUGAAAUAUUAAAUAUUCUUACAGACACAGCAGCUCGAUUGGAUUAUGACAAGUUGCUACUUGCUAAAUCUGCUGCGAAAUUGCUCAAAAAAGAACGUGAUUCGGAUGUAGCGAAAUUAAUAAAUGAUAUUUUCAAAAGAACUAAACAUGAAAGAUCAGUACAACGAGAUACAGAUAAACGUAGUUUAAAAGUAUGUCAUGUUUGCAAAAAAAAAUUCUAA